CAGAAACAAAGUGUGUUUUUCAGAGCUUUGCUAGUUGUAACCGAGACACUAUAGCUUCGGAGUUUGGAGGAUCUUUCGCUUGUGGAGAAACUCGCAAAUGGCGAUAAAGAUGAAGGGAAUCUUCAAAGGGCUCAAAAUAAUCUCUCAAAUGUUCGUACACAAGGAGCAUGAGUUGGAAAUUGGGUUCCCUACAGAUGUAAAGCAUGUGGCUCACAUAGGUUUGGGCACAAGUGACACAUCUCCAAGCUGGAUGAACGAGUUCACUGGAGCAGACGAUGUAUCAACUGGUUCUCUGAGCACAACGGCACAGUCAAGGCAAACUUCUUGGGCCUCUUUAGACUUUGAACAGCCAAGAAGCAUGCUGCCCAUUGAGAUCUUGCCAGAGAAAUCUGGCCAGGAGGCACCCUCCUGCCCUGACAUCCCAAGAGGCCCAAGGAAGGCGAGAAGGAAGAAGACCAGAACUUCAUCUCCUACCUCAUCUGCAAGAUCAUCAUCCUCAAGAUCAAGAACCUCAUUUGCAACUGCGUACGACGCCUUCAGCGAGUCACAAAGAGGGUUUCGGGUUGCUUGAAAAACUACAAAUUAUGUUUUUAUCCACUAUGAACUGUACAUUAUGUGUCGGUUUAGGAAGAGAAUUGAUUGUGAAUUGUUUGAUUCUUUUCUUUCUUUAUUUCUUUCUUUUACAGUAAAGAAGUAGUUGGCAAUGCAAAGGGAAAUGGAUUAGCUUAAUGUUUGAA